AUGCGCGGCAGCCGCAGCGCCUCUGGCUACCGCGGCUCCACCUUCGGCGCAGACGCCGUGCUGUUGCAGCAAGACGCGGGCACUACAAGGAAGCUGAGCAGAGCUCAAGCGGCAGCGUGCGCCCGCUACGAGCAUGUGCAUGACCCAUGCGCGCUGGCUGACAAGCAUGAUGACGAGCUCGUGAUGGCAUGGACAAGGGCUACGCCGGUCACGGGUCACCACGUGCCCAAUAGGCUGAAGCACAACAGACGCUUCAACACGCGGCCGUUCGCCACCGUCUUCGUGCUCACAGACCCCAUGUACUGGGACGCAGUGCUGCCGAUCGUCAUGGACAUCUUGUGCUCGUCCUAG